UACGUCUAAAACAACAUGUUUGGUCUAGUAUAUUGUAGUAAAAGUGAAGAUACGCAAGCUAUGAUUGAGAGUGUUUCCCGUCGUGCUUUCGGUGGGUCGAGUGGAACUUACAACGUCAGAGCCACAGAACUGGCGAGAGACAGGAGGGUCAAGACUCUCAGUGUAACUGUGGUCUUUUUAGAUGACACAAAGCAGGUGUUUCAACUCGAGAAAAGAGCUAAGGGCCAGGCCCUGCUCGAACAAGUGUUCACGCACCUUGAACUCGUCGAGAAGCACUAUUUCGGUCUUCAGUUUUCCGAUAAUGGAUCACCUCCAACUCCUGCCAACACAGACCUUAUGAGAUGGCUCGACGCGACAAAGCCAGUGAAGAAACAGAUGAGAGGGCCUGGCUUUUUUUACCUUAGGGUAAAAUUCUACGUAUCCGACCCCAGUAAACUGCAAGAGGAGUAUACUCGUUACCAUUUCUAUUUACAAAUUAGGAAAGAUAUUUUAAAUGGAAAGCUUUUAGUACCUCCGUCCACGGCCUGCCUCCUUGCAAGUUAUACUGUACAAUCUGAAUUAGGUGAUUAUCAUCCUGAUGAACACGGUCCAAAGUACCUUUCUGGAAUGGCCCUCAUUCCAGGCCAGACUGAAGAGAUGGAGAAGAAAAUAUCCGAACUGCACAAACUUCACAAAGGGCAGACUCCUGCAGAUGCUGAAUUUAAUUUUUUAGACCAUGCAAAAAGACUGGAUAUGUAUGGAGUUGAUCUACAUCGAGCAAGGGAUUCGGCUAAUAAAGAACUUCAGCUCGGUGUGACUUCUAUUGGCCUUGUUGUGUUUCAAAAUGGGAUAAAAAUUAACAGCUUUUCAUGGGGGAAAAUUGUUAAAAUCUCAUUUAAGAGAAAACAGUUCUUUAUACAGCUGAGGAGAGAACAGAGUGAGAGUUAUGAUACUCUUUUGGGUUUCAACAUAGUGACAUACAGAUCUUGCAAAGUACUUUGGAAGUCUUGUGUCGAACACCACACUUUUUUCCGCCUCCACUCUCCAGCUGUCAAAAGAAGGACACCUCUUCCGCUAGGGUCUAAAUUUUCGUAUUCCGGACGGACAGAACUGCAAGCAGUUGAAGAGUCAAAACUCAGACCCAGAGCGGAGCGCACAUUCAUAAGGUGUUCAAGUAGGAAAUUAAUGGUCAGUACCGAUGAAAAAUCAAAAGUGGGGCUUACCAGUUCAACAAGAUCUUCAAGACCUUAUGAUAACAAAGUCACAUCGCUCUCGAGAGAACCUAAACGUGCAUGGGGUGAAACUUCCCCAAACAACAUCAAUGACGACGAGGGUGGAUUUCUUGAAAGGACUUUAGAAGAGCAUAGAGCCUUCACACCUGUACUUCCUCCUAGAGCGAUCUCUUACGCAGACGAAGAUCCGGAAAUAGAAAGGCCAACCACAGCUACAGGAGUUUAUGAAAUUUCCCAUUAUGACCAGACAAAUCCUACUAAUGACGAUGGUCUAGUGUGCAUUCGCAUGACUCCUGAUGAAGAAGGCCGGUUUGGGUUCAACGUCAAAGGCGGAAGCGAUCUCGACAUGCCUAUUCUUGUCUCUAGAGUGGCUCCAAAUACUCCAGCUGAUAGAUGUUACCCAAAACUCAACGAAGGAGAUCAGGUUUUACUUAUUAACGGAAUCGAUGUCGGAGGGAUGCCUCAUGAACAAGUUGUCAACCUAAUAAGAGCUUCCAGAGAUUCAAGGGUAGGCGAGUUGAUUCUGACCGUCCGACCAAGCAGUGUAUACGAUGCAGGAGAAAAUGUGGAAGAGGAGCCGUUAUAUCAAUAUGUUUCCGACACAAGUUCCGGCCGGGAGACCUUGGAGCAGAGCAUGGCAAUCCUGAGGGAAGGCCUGGUCUCUGGAACGAUUAUUGUCCAGUUUGAACGACUUUAUAGAAAAAAGCCAAGUCUGUCUACAUCCCAUGCGACUCUCCCACACAACACUAACGCAAACCGCUACACCGAUAUUUUACCCUAUGACCUGACUCGAGUUAUCCUCGAGCAUGGAACGAAUGGGGACUAUAUCAAUGCAAACUAUGUCAACAUGGAAAUCCCUGGCUCUGGUAUAAUUAACAGAUACAUAGCGACGCAGGGGCCAUUGGCAAACACCGUCGGCGAUUUCUGGGAGAUGGUCUGGGAGGCUGGUAGCAGCUUGAUUGUCAUGGUGACCGGCCUUGUUGAACGGGGCCGCAUCAAAUGCCACAAAUAUUGGCCAAACAUCGGAGAGAGCAUGGAGGCGAGCGGUAUCCGAAUUAAAUCGAUUCGGUGUCACUACAACAACCCUGCAGGGUUUAUCUGCAACACUCUGACCGUCACUCAUAUUCAGAGUGGUCUCGAAAGGGAGGUGACUCAGUUGCAGUAUGUUGGUUGGCCAGAUCACGGCGUGCCUGAUAACACAGCUGUAUUUUUACAAUUUAUAGCCGAAGUUCGCAGAUACCGUAUGGGAAUGCUCGAGCCAACAAUUGUUCAUUGCUCAGCCGGUAUCGGAAGAACUGGUGUCCUUAUUUUAAUGGAGACUGCUCUUUGCCUAAUAGAGGCAAACCAACCAGUUUACCCUCUCCAAAUCGUUACUCACAUGAGAGAUCAAAGAGCUAUGAUGGUCCAGAUAUCGAGUCAGUUCAGAUUUGUGUGCAGCUGUGUACUCCAUGCGUAUACUGAAUGCCUAGUGAAGCCCCUACCAGAGUUGGUAUACCAAUAAAAAUAAUUAAGAAAAACACGCCCCACCGAAGGAAGCGGAGCAGCAGAUGUCAGAAUCAAAACCAACUAUUAGGUGCAACAGAAAAUGUGAUCCUUUAAAACACUUUGUUUUUCUGUUUGCAUCUUUUAUUUUAAUUGGCUUUUACAUUGCUUUGAGCCUUUUUUUCUCCCUUUUUUUAAAGUGACUGUCCCUGAAUUGGUUUGAUCAUCUUAUUGAAGUUCUGCUGUUGAUCGUUCAACUUUAAAAUUGGCCAAUUUAAUUUUCUUAAGCGAGAGUUUAAGACUUAAUGAACAUUUUCAAAAGAGAAAAGAAAAAUAGCGGUAUUUUUUCAGCUUUAAUUUGGUACGGAUUACCAUCUGUAAGAACUGUAAAUUAACGUAAUUUAAAAAAAAAAUGUAAAAAUCGCCUUUGACUAUUUACCUUACGGAUAGGUAUAUAAAACCUGAAAGCCAAGAAAUUCUAAAUUAUAAAAUGGAAUGUUAAAUUUAUUUAUUUAUGUGGUGAUAUUUUUCCUCUACUGGUAUUGAAAGACGAAGCUCUUUUAUUCUCUUUAAGGAAAUUUUGUGAUAUCGGUACUGAAUGAUGUUACAAUUCAUAAAUGAGCAUUCAACCUUUUUUUGUGAGAAAUCAUCCAUCCAUCAUACGUCCUCACAAAUUGAACAUGAUUCUAUCAUUGAACCUAGGUGUACAUAAUUUUUAUUCUUUUUUUAAUAGCAAAACAAACUUUGAUGUUAUUGUUUUCUUUUUUUAAUAUAUUUGUGAUAAUUGGUGGAAUGUUAUAAAUUCACUCUUUUAUGGUAUUUUGAUAGAAUAAAAGAAAUUGCUUUAAGCGUUCAAUAACAAGUCAGUGUUUUUCAUGUGUGUAUUUGGUAGAUAAGGUAAAUUUCUUAAAACCCUGACAGUUUUUUGUUUCUGGUUUCAUGAAUUUUUUACCUAUUUGUUGCAAAAUUAGCAAUGUUUUAAAGUAUUUUCAAAUUUCCCCGUGUUAAAAUGGAACAAAUGGCACUUUUUUAAAAUAAAUGAUUAAUUUGCCCACCGUAAAUAGUCUAUAACUCUUCCAAAUCUGUAUACUUGCCUUAUUAACAUUUGUGCCAACUUUUCACAGAAAGAACUUCCAAUUUUUAACCUUUUCCCUGUAAAAAUAUCGAUUCGAAUGUUUAACAGUGCCAACACAGAUUAAAAAUGUAUUUAUUGUUCAGUAAAUAUAACAAUAGAAUCGUAUCGAUGUUACUUGUACUUUUUUUUCUUUUUGUAACUUAACUCUAGGUUGUAAAUAGUGGCUUGAAUUUUAAUUACAUCGACGAUAAUUACUGAAGGGAGUGCCAUAACAGUGGUAAAGGAAAGUUA